AUGGUGGUCCAAGCAGACAUGGACGAACCCGUCCGGGAGGAUGAAAGUACCGAAUUUAUCGGCCUGGGCUGUGCCCUUGAAUUAUUUUCUGAAUUGGACGAAGUACUGACUAUGAUCGAUGAGUUGAAAUCAAUUUACACCGCCAAGAAGGCCACCGAGUGCGCUUAUGAGAAGUUCCGUUGCGUGCUAACCCUGUACCAAGAGCAGCCCCAUCUCCUAGACCCACAUUUAGAUACUAUUUUAGAAAGAAUAAUAUUGAUUGUCAGGAACAAAGAUGAGCCGAUUGAACUCAAGCACGAGGCGUUCAAGUAUUUACAUGUCAUUGUCAAGGUUCGAGGAUACAAAGUUGUGGUCCGGCACUUGCCGCAUGAGGUGUCGGAUUUGGAACCAGUUUUGGCUAUGCUGGAAAGACAGAACCCUAAAAGUACUGAGACCUGGGAAACAAGAUAUGCGCUUCUUCUAUGGUUGUCGAUCAUUGUCAAAAUUCCUUUUCACAUGACAAGACUUGAUAGCUUUCAAGUUUCUCCAGGCCCUUCAACCUCAAGUUCAAAUGAAGCUUCAGACCGUAGAACUGUAAUUCAGAGGCUUGUGGAUGUGUGUAAAUUAUAUAUUCUAGUUGGCGACAGUUCACGGUUUCCUGCAGCAUUCUUGGCUUCACACUUUUUUACCCGAUCCGAUGUGAAGGAGCAGCACCUUGGGCCCUUCAUCUCCUUUGCAUGUCAAGUUGUGGGUUCAGAGAAGAGUGAAAUGAGUGCGCAGUGUGGUGCUCUCUCUGCUUUGGCUGCAAUUCUCAAACAUGGUGAUCGAGAGGAUUUAAUACCUCAUGGGGCAGAACUUCUUCACUGGCUUACAAAUGGCAACUACAGGAAAAGAGAUGUUCCCCUAAUAAGACAACUAGGAAUGAAGGUCAUCCAACGAAUAGGCUUAACAUUUUUGAAAAUGAGAGUGGCAGCAUGGCGUUAUGAUCGCGGUUGCCGUUCUUUAGCAGUAAAUUUGAAUGCUGGUGAUGCUACUCAUCAAACAGUGGGUCAUCAUGCUUCUUUGAAUAAUACUGAUGAAGUGGGAGAGGAUUUCGACAUUCCUGAGGAAAUUGAGGAAGUGAUAGAAGAGCUCAUUCAGGGCCUUCAAGACAACAACACAAUAGUUAGAUGGUCAGCAGCCAAAGGCAUUGGCAGGGUAACAGGCAGACUCCCAAAGGAACUGGCUGAUGAGGUAGUUGGCUCAGUUUUAGAGUUAUUCAGUGCACAAAACUCUGAUUCUGCUUGGCAUGGAGGUUGCUUAGCUCUUGCUGAAUUAGGGAAACGAGGCCUCCUGUUACCUCAAAGAUUAGAUGAAGUUGUUCCAGUGGUCUUGAAGGCAUUGUUUUAUGAUGAGUCCCGAGGUUAUGUGUCUGUUGGAGCCCAUAUCCGUGAUGCUGCAUGCUAUGUCUGCUGGUCCUUUGCGCGUGCCUAUGACACGCGAGUUCUCCAGCCUUAUGUGAAAGACAUUGCCGGUGCUCUGGUGGUUGUGACAGUGUUUGAUCGUGAAAUAAAUUGCCGUAGAGCUGCAUCUGCUGCAUUCCAAGAAAAUGUUGGCAGGCAGGGAUCAUUCCCACAUGGUAUUGAGAUCCUGACCACUGCAGACUACUUUGCUGUUGGUGUCAGGUCCAAUGCUUACCUCAACAUAAGUCCGUUUGUUGCUCAGUUUGAAGAAUAUACACUCCCUCUUAUAGAUCAUCUUGUCCAAUACAAAGUAGAUCAUUGGGAUGUUGCUAUCCGAGAGUUGGCUGGAAAAGCCUUGCACAAUCUCACACCAAAGGCUCCUGAUUAUAUGGCCUCUUCAGUGUUACCACAACUUCUGAGUCGAACAACAUCAAUUGAUUUGAAUGCCAGGCAUGGGGCCGUCCUUGCAAUUGCUGAACUUAUUCAUGGUUUGGCCAUUGUAGGGAAGGAAAGAACUCAGAGUAUUCAAGAUUUGGUUGGAGAAAAUGUCAUUCAAGAAAUUUGUUCACUAGUGCUAAAGUUUAAAGAAAGAGGCCAGUUCAGAGGCAUGGGCGGUGAAUUAAUGAAGCAGGCUUGCUGUGUGCUCGUAGAAAAAUCUUCUCUUGCCCAGAUGCCAUUCCACGACCUCUCUAUUAUUGAUGAGUACCAAGCACUUAUAGAUGACUGCUUGUCUAAUGAGGUUGCCACUGUGAGGACAAGAGCUGUUCUUGCAUUACCAUCUUUCCUGUCAGAGUAUUACCAACAUGGUGAUGCUGAGCGUUGCUCUCGUAAGCAACAAGCAGUUAUUAGCUUGUACACAGGAAAAUUAAAGGCCGUGAAUAAAGCUACUCGAAUGGGAUUCUGCUUAGCAAUUGGGUCACUUCCUGCUUUUAUGCUGCAAGGGCAUGUAUCUUCAGUUAUCCAGGCCUUAAUCGGUUGUACUGAAAUAACUGAAAACACAUCAAAAUGGGCUGAAAGUCGGAGAGAUGCUGUGAAAGCACUCCAUACUAUUACUUCAACUCUUGGCAUUGCACAUGGAAGUAAACAGUCAGACCCUGGGAAAGUGGGCAAACAAUUAGUCGAUGCUAUGUAUUCCUGCUUUCUACGAUGUUUGGGAGAGUACACAAUGGAUAGCAGGGGUGAUGUUGGAGCAUGGGUUAGGGAAGCAGCUAUGACAGCUCUUCAGGUUCUUACCUCACUGGUUGUAAAGCAAGACCCCUCCCUUUUAGAUCCCGAUGUCAUCAAGAAAAUGAUGGCUGAUCUUUCACAACAAGCUGUUGAGCGGAUUGAUCGAACUCGUUCUCAUGCAGGGCGUGUUUUUAGCAGCCUCCUCCACAGUGACCCCGUGGUUCCUCAUAUCCCCCACCACUUGGAUAUUUUGCAACUGUUACCUUUAAAUCUCUGCCAAGAAGAAUUGAAUUGGAAUUCAGCUGCAGACACCUUCCCUCUCUUCAUUCAGCUAUUGAGGCUGGAGUCCUACUCAGCAAGUGUAAUGCUAGGACUUGUAGCCAGUGUUGGAGGACUCACAGAAAGUUUGGUCAAGCAUUCAAGUUCUGCAUUUUUUGCAUACCUCAAGAAUCUACAUAGCACACCUGAAGAGUUGAGGAGGCUCUGUGGCAUUAUUGUCAAUGUAUUAAUAGAAUGGAUCCAUUCAGAAAGGCUUUCAGAUUCCCUCCUCACUUUCCUGGACCGUGUUCUGGGUAGUGGAUCAAUACAUUCCAUUUUGGUGGACCCAGAAGUACCUUUCUCCUCAGAAAUACUGAGGGUGGUAAAAGCUGAAGUCACACGUUCAAAAGAUAUUCACAAGCUUAAUCAUGUAGUUGAUGUUCUCUGUCAAUUAGUACAGGUUCCAGGAGAAGUUUCAAGACGUUCUCUGACCCAGCUGCUUAUAUUCUUGUGCCACCGCUUUCCUAGGAUUCGAAGCUCCACUGCUUCAAAGUUGUAUGAGGCCCUAAUGCUUUAUGGAGAUGAUGCGGGGCUUGAUCCAGUUGCUAUUGAUCAAGCCAUGUCCCUUUUAUCUGAAACUGAUUGGGACCAACCAGUGGAGAUUCUGCGGCCUCUUAGGAAUGACAUUUGUGAACAUUUGGGCAUACCACCACCUAAAGUUGUUCAGAAGAAGAGCAACACCUCUCUUGAUACUUGAAUCUCUGUGAUUGGAGAUGCUGCUAUAUGUUUAACUAUUCCAUUUUCACUCACUGCUUUCACAUAAAGUGCCUUUUUAAUGAAUGACUGACUGUGUAUUUUUAAGUAUAGAGCUUUGCCUUAUCAUGCUGAUGAGAUCAAACAGAUAUCAUGUGCCUAUGAAAUGUGGGACUGAAAUUGAUUGGAUUUUACGAGUGAUAUGGGAGCCAAUAUUAAUCUCCUUGGUUUAAGAGCACAUCAUCAACUUUCUUGUAUGUAGGAUAUCUGCAUUUUAUUUUUUCCAAACAACAAUCUGUGAUGUGUUAAAGUUGUCUAAAAUUAGUAUAUUUAAGUUGCUUACUAUGUAUGUUUGAGUAAUUUUUAACUUAUUAGA